AUGUUUACAAAAAUCGUGUCAAAAAUUAAUAACAAAGGCAUCCCGUUGACACCAAUGUCCAAGAAAAUGAUGCCAAGCCUGUACAAGACUACUGUCGCUUUGAAAACAUGGGGUCUGUCCGGAUUGUCUUUUGGUGUAACAAGUUUUGUACUGCUUUGUUAUGUAACGGAGUGGCGCACUGUGUUACAGUUUUGUCCUUACUACAACGGUAAGUAUAACCAAUUGGAAAUUGAAGAUAAAUUGAAUGCAAUCCAAGCGACAGCAGAUAAUAAAGAACGUAAGGAAAAUUCUUCAAGAGAUUUUCAGCAUGAAAGAGAUGUAAAAUUCGAAAAUCAAAAAUAA